UGCCAGCUGCCCCGGCCCAGCGCCUGCUAAUGCACCGGUCCGCUAGAGCUCCCUGUGCACGUACCCGCGCCUUUUCCCACGGCCCUGUGCACUGCGAAAUGCGUGCCCCGAGUUUAAUUCAGUUUUUUAGCAAAAUGAAGAAAUGGAUGGACAUGUCAAAUCUGCCGCAGGAGUUCCGAGAGCGAGUGGAGAGGCUGGAGAGGAAUUUUGAAGUGUCAACUGUGAUUUUCAAAAAGUUUGAACCCAUAUUUUUGGAUGUAUUUCAAAACCCUUACGAGGAAACUUCUAAACCACAGCGAAGCAGGAAACAGAGACGGGUGCCAUGCAGUGUUAAGGAUCUCUUCAACUUCUGCUGGACUCUCUUUGUGUACACUAAGGGUAAUUUCCGUAUGAUUGGAGAUGAUUUAGUAAAUUCCUAUCAUUUGCUUCUGUGCUGCCUGGACCUGAUUUUUGCAAAUGCCCUUUUGUGUCCAAAUAGAAGAGAUUUGCUAAAUCCAUCGUUUAAAGGCUUACCAACGGACUUCCACGGGACAGAGAUCAAAGCCUCUGAAGACCCUCCUUGCAUCAUUGCCAUGCUGUGUGAGCUGCAUGAUGGGCUCUUAGUAGAAGCAAAAGGAAUAAAGGAACACUACUUUAAACCGUACAUUUCAAAACUAUUUGAUAGGAAGAUCUUAAAAGGAGAAUGUCUGUUGGAUCUCUGCAAUUUUGCGGAAAAUAACAAAGCACUGAAUAAAGAGUAUGAAGAGUAUGUUCUGACAGUGGGUGACUUCGACGAGAGAGUUUUCCUAGGAGCUGAUGCUGAAGAAGAAAUUGGCACUCCUCAAAAAUUUCCUGCAGACGUGCCAGUGGGGAAAACGUCAGCAAGAGCUCAUGUGGAGUGUCAUCUUCAGCAGCAUUUUGAAAAGAAAAGGUCAUUUGCACCUUCAACUCCACUGACUGGAAGAAGAUACCUACGAGAAAAGGAAGCUGUCAUCACUCCUGUUGCUUCAGCAACACAAAGUGUGAGCCGGUUGCAGAACAUUGUGGCUGGACUGAAAAAUGCACCGAGUGAACAACUUAUAACUAUUUUUGAGUCUUGUGCACGCAGCCCUAUGGAAAGCAUUAUGAGCAGAGUGAAGGAAAUAGGCGAGACGUUCUGUCGCAGCUACACUCAGUCAACGGAUGAACAGCCAGGAUCCCAUAUAGAUUUUGCUGUAAACAGAUUAAAACUGGCAGAGAUCUUGUACUAUAAAAUCUUGGAGACUAUAAUGGUGCAAGAAACACGAAGACUACAUGGGAAAGAUCUGACUGCUCUCCUGGAACAAGAUGUCUUUCACCGCUCUCUCAUGGCAUGCUGCUUAGAGAUUGUGCUUUUUGCAUAUAGCUCACCUCGUACCUUCCCCUGGAUCAUUGAAGUGCUUGACCUCAGGCCAUUCUAUUUCUAUAAGGUAAUUGAAGUACUGAUUCGGUCUGAGGAAGGACUUUCCAGAGACAUGGUGAAGCACCUCAACAGCAUUGAGGAACAAAUUCUUGAGAGUCUCGCCUGGACUCGGGACUCGGCACUCUGGAGUGCCCUCCAGGCCUCAGAAAACAAGGUCCCAACCUGUGAAGAAGUAAUAUUUCCCUGUAAUUUUGAAGCAAGCAAUGGAGGAAGUGGGCUGGGGCAUUUGCCUAUGAUGCCAGUAUCUCCUAUAAUUCAUCCUCGAGUAAAAGAGGUUCGGACAGAUCUUGGUGGGAGUUUAAGACGGGACGUGCAGCCAUUGUCACCAAUUUCUGUUCAUGAGCGCUACAGUUCUCCUACAGCUGGCAGUGCUAAGAGAAGGCUCUUUGGAGAUGACAGCCCCAAAGAAAUGCAGAUGGAAAGAAUUCUAACUGAAGGAACUAAGUUGACAAUUGCUCCAGUGUCAAGCAUUGCUGCUGAAAAUGUGUCAGCUUCUCCUGGCCAAACAGUACUGACCAUGACAACAGCUGCAGUACCGGGAAAAAUGGGACAGAAGGUUACGAUCCCACUGCACGGUAUUGCAAACGAAAUGGGUGGGAUCACAUUGAUACCCAUUUCAAUGAAUUUAGGUCAGCCAUGUAAAAUGGAGGCUCAGGCUCCCUGCUGCCCUCAGGUGAAUCAAGCACAAGAAGUGCCUCUGUCAUCAGCAAGCAAACCAAAGAAAACGGGAUCCUUGGCACUGUUCUACAGAAAGGUUUAUCAUCUGGCAAGUGUGCGCUUGCGUGAUCUGUGCCUAAAAUUGGAUGUUUCCAAUGACUUGCGCAGGAAGAUAUGGACAUGCUUUGAAUUCACGUUGGUUCAUUGUGCUGAUCUAAUGAAGGACAGACACCUGGACCAGCUCCUCCUCUGUGCCUUUUAUAUCAUGGCAAAGGUAACCAAAGAGGAAAGAACUUUUCAGGACAUAAUGAAAAGUUACAGAAACCAGCCACAAGCAAACAGCCAUGUUUAUAGGAGUGUCUUGUUGAGAAAUGUUUCUGCCGACGUCCUGUUGGACAAAAAUGCAAACCCAGAUGUGGAGAUGACAGAAGACUCAUCUGUGAAAACCAGCGGUUCCUCAGGACAAUCCGCAGCAGAGACCUGUGAGUUGGGAACAGAGGAGAGAGGAGAUCUUAUUAAAUUUUACAAUGCAGUCUAUGUAGGAAGAGUAAAAUCGUUUGCACUGAAGUACGAUAUCACAAACCAGGAUCAUGUAAUGGAAGCCCCUCCCUUGUCUCCAUUCCCCAGCAUUAAGCAACAGCCACUCUCUCCUCGACGGAUCUCUCAGCAGCACUCUGUUUAUGUUUCACCUCACAAAAAUGGUGCCUGCCUGACACCUCGAACUGCACUACUGUAUAAAUUUAAUGGGAGCCCUUCCAAGAGUUUGAAGGACAUCAACAAUAUGAUAAAACAAGGUGAACACAGGAGUAAGAAACGAGCAAUAACAAUUGAUAGUGACACUGAAUCCCCUACGAAGCGGCUCUGCCAGGAAAAUGAUGACGUUCUACUCAAACGCCUCCAGGAUGUUGUCAGCGAAAGAGCAAAUCAUUAAACCUGCUGGUUUUCCUUGGGAUCUGAAAGCUAUGGAGCUGGAUACAGCUGUUGUGCUAUUUAUUUCUUGCUUUUAUAUGCAGACAACUGCCAAGUUUCUUUAACGGUGAACUUCUGCCUGACUUCCACAGGAUGCGAAAAGCCAGGGUUAGGCAGCAAGUGCCAGAGAAUGAGAGGUGGCGGUGACCUUGGUUGCCAAAGGGCGUGCUGUGCUAUAAGUUACUGUUUGAGCUGUUUUAGCAAGACAGCGAUCUGUAGAAAGCUGUAUCGGAUGUUCUCCAGCCUAACUUAGAGCAUCAUGAGUUCUGAGUGUAACUCAGCUUCUAGUAGUAUUGGUUUUAUUUCUGGAAUGAGAAUGAUAAGGAAAUUAGUGAGGUCAGUUAAGUUUCCUCAAACUUUUGGUAUUUGGGGAAGAAACUUUAAAAGUGCCUUAUUUUAAAAGAAUGUGGAAUUUCAUGUGUUAUUUUACUGUGGAGUACCUGGAUCAGAGAACAAAUGGACCAUUUAGCCUCAGGAAGAGCCAAGCAGUUCUGAACAGUGUGAUUUGUGCUGUGCUCCAUCUCCUAUCAGAACACCAAUAAAAGCGUUCGUUAUGAUGCGGGUCAGAUGGCUUUUGCAGUAACAAAGGCAAUAAUCAAAAAGUACAAAUAGUAGUGGCUUAAACUGGACACUGACGUCUGAUAAAGCAGUGAGAUACGGUUCUGUGAGUCGGAAUUGCCUUUCUCUCGAGCUGGUGAAUGCUGCCAUGGGAGCAGCUCCUUUGCUGUUGGAAGCCUGAUGGCAGCCUCACUGUAGGAGCCGUUCUUGCAUCUUGCAGCUGACCUGUGAGGAAGUACAAGCUGGUCACGGUUGGAAAACAGCUGGGGCUUUGGCCAUCUUAGAGCUGUUAAAUGCACAAAGUCAUUUAACAAAAGGUAUCUCUUUAUUUCAUGUUUUCCUGGAGAUCGUGGCCUCUGUGUAGUAUCUACACUGAAUGUACGCCCGUCAGAUAAGGCAUGUUUGUAUAUAUGGGGGGUUAGAGCUACUAAAGGCUUGGGAAAGGUGGAAGUUCCAGCAUCCAAUUAUUGUAACUAAGUUUUUAAUGCUGAGGGAUUUGGUAGGGUUUAUUUUACCAAAGUGGAGAAAGUCCAAGGCUUAUUCAUUACUGUAAAUCAGUAGCUUUGAUCUUAUUUCAUAAUCUCAUUUAAGAUUAGAGCCACAGAGAAACUUUGCAGCACUGUAUUUUUUCAGUUUAUGUGUGUAUUGAACUGGGAAAAAAAAUGGAACUAUUACAUAGGACUUGUUUAAGGAGCUCUGUUCGCUCAUGGUUUGGCUUGUUCAAUAUAUGCUACAAGAUCUGCUGUGCCACCGUUCCAGGCAAGAACACUGCGAUGACUUCAAGCAGUCUCAGCUAUGAAUCUGGCCAGCAGUGAUAGAGGAAAAAGCAUGCGUGUGCAGGGACCCUGCUCAGCGGCAAGUAGAAAGUUUACAAACUGUAAUUUGGUUUUGGAUUAUUAACUACUUAAUUUUUAAUUUUUUUUAAUUUUAAAAAAAGGGUGCUCAUUUCUGAAAGGUUCGACCAUAGAGCACUGUAGUGUGAGGCAGUGGCCAUGCAGUGGACUAGGUUUCAUGUAGAUUCAUCAGUUCCUUUAAUGCUCUUCAAUUUUUAAUAUCCGUCUUCAGAUCUUGAGAUAAAAAGCCCAAGAGACGCAGCCUCUCUGUCCUGACCCGCUCAUCAGUGCUGCAGCUAUGACUGCCCAGUGUGUGCACUCCAGUCCCUGAGAGCCUCCAGUGGUGUGGGGGAAAUGGGGAACCUCUGUUUCACCAUCGGCAGAGCCUGCUUUGCUCGCCUGGGGGAUUGCGGGCGUUCUGAACAGGAGGCGUGAGGUCAGGCUUACUGGCGUAAGACUUUCACCAGUGCUGUGUGACUGGAGUUCAGGUGACUUGUUUUAAUUCAGCAUCAUACACAGAUUGCACAAACCUGCUCACUAUGCUGUUACUGUGUUCUCUGGAACUGUAGGAAGCUGGCAGUGCUAAAAUCCUCAUUAGUUAGUCAUCCUUGGAUGUAGUGGUUUUUCAUUAAAAAAAAUGAAUGCGCUACAACUGGAUGCAGGUCAGAUUUUUUCACCUUUUUAGGUGAUAGCAAAAAUAUUUUGGGGCGUGUUGGAUGGCUAAAGCAAGAGCUUAUGUGAAAAUUUUGUGACAGUUUCGA